AUGGCGAAGGACUGUACCAUUUUUUCGUUUUCCUGCGGAGAAUUCUGGCUUCUGAAGAAUAAUGGCUGGUCUCCUUCCUUCCCACUUCCCAGAGUUGUUUUUGGCUUUGGGAUAGACGAGCCGUUGAGCACGGAAGGAAACGAUCCACGGCUGAGCCUGUGGAGCUCGCGCCGUCUACUUCCCGUCGAAUCAUUACGGACCUUCGCUUUGUCGUGUUUGGGCCUUUGGCGAAUGGGCCCAAUUGGCCCAGUUACUUCCACAAAAGCCCAACCCGACCCACCUUUUCGCUGCAAAAGCGGCACAGUCACAACUCACAGUCUCACACACCCCUCCACCACCAGAGAUGAGUCGGUUGUUGCUUCCGUCCCUGCGAUCAGUCUUCCUCCGGCAACUGCCAUCUUCUCCUCUGCUACAGUUUUUGUGAUAGAUUUGGUGACCAAGAAGUGUGUGCCAUGUAACUCUAAGGACAUGCGACCCAUGACUGAAGAAAGUGCUGCUGAAAUGAUGCCCAAGGUGCCCGGCUGGAACUUGGUCAAUGAAGAUGGUAAGCUGAAGCUGAAUAGGUCGUGGAGAACUAAGAGUUUCACCAAAGGACUAGAGCUAUUUCAGCUUGUGGGCAAUAUUGCUGAAACUGAAGGCCAUCAUCCAGAUCUUCAUCUUGUUGGAUGGAAUGAUGUUAAGAUCGAGAUAUGGACACAUGCAGUCGGUGAGAAUUUCCAGUUCUAUACAUAUCAACCUUCUAUAGCAAUCUUACCAUUCUUAGAGAGGCAAAACCAGGAACAUUUGCUGUCAUGAAUCCGGCAAAUUUGCAAGGACAAGACUGUAGAGCCUCUCAGCCUCUGAACAAAAAUAUAUAGCUAACAGUUCAAUAGUGCGAACCUACCAUCGGUUCUCAUCAAGGCGCUAUUUGGUCUUAUCCUUACAUUCGGUUUUAACUUGCAUUAGACUUUCUUCCAUUCCAUUUCAGUUAAUCAUAUUUGACUGGCGCGGUUUAUGCUUGCACAGGGGGGUUAACAGAGAACGACUUCAUACUGGCUGCGAAGAUCAAUCAGCUCGACAUGCAUAACCUACUCCGAAAGAAACCUUCUGCUUCCUGAGAGAUGGCUACAGAGAUAGAUUUGCAGCAUUUGUAUGCGAAGUUUGAUUGUAGCUCAUAUGUUUUGACCUGUGUUUUAUGUACAUCAGAAA